AUGCUGUGCAUAGGCUACGGACGUUUUCCGCCCAACAGUCUCUCCGAGGCCUGGAUGACGGCUAUCAGCAUGAUGGCCGGAGCUACCUGCUACGCCCUCGUUGUUGGCCACGUAGCUGCCCUAAUUCAAUCCUUUGACGUAUCUAAACGACGCUACAGGGACAAGGUAAGUAACUGUUUCUGCGUAGUGUUGAUCUUCCCCGACGACGAGUAA